GCUAGGGGAAGUGACGUCACAGCGCGAUGGCGGCGGCUCCUUCAGACAGCUGAAGGGAGAUUUAGGCCCGGGAGAUCCGAGUCCAUCCGCGGCGGGGAGAGGGCGAGCGGGGCCGGCGGGGGCCGGGACAGGGGCGGCGGCGCUCGAACUGUCCCAUCCGCCCCGUAUUGAAGCGCUGGGAGCGGCGGGGCGACCGGAAAGCGAUGGUGAAAGCGGGGCCGUGAGGGGGGCGGAGCCGGCAGCCGGACCCGCAGUAGCGGCAGCAGCGGCGCCGCCUCCCCGAGCUCAGACCCAGGAAGCGGCCGGGAGGGCAGGAGUAAAGCGGUCCCGCCGCCGCCGCCAUGGAGCUUAGAGUGGGGAACAGGUACCGGCUGGGCCGGAAGAUCGGCAGCGGCUCCUUCGGAGACAUCUAUCUCGGUACGGACAUCGCUGCAGGAGAAGAAGUUGCCAUCAAGCUUGAAUGUGUCAAAACCAAACACCCUCAGCUCCACAUUGAGAGCAAAAUCUACAAAAUGAUGCAGGGAGGAGUGGGCAUCCCCACCAUCCGGUGGUGCGGGGCUGAGGGGGACUACAACGUCAUGGUGAUGGAACUGUUGGGACCCAGCCUGGAGGACCUCUUCAACUUUUGCUCUAGGAAGUUCAGUCUCAAAACCGUCCUACUCCUUGCUGACCAAAUGAUUAGUCGUAUUGAAUACAUACACUCGAAGAACUUCAUCCACCGAGAUGUGAAGCCGGACAACUUCCUCAUGGGGCUGGGUAAGAAGGGCAACCUGGUCUACAUCAUUGAUUUCGGGCUGGCUAAGAAGUACCGGGAUGCCCGCACCCACCAGCACAUCCCCUACCGCGAGAACAAGAACCUCACCGGGACGGCGCGGUAUGCCUCCAUCAACACACACCUUGGCAUUGAACAAUCUCGAAGGGAUGACCUGGAGUCUCUGGGCUAUGUGCUCAUGUACUUCAACCUGGGCUCACUGCCCUGGCAGGGCCUGAAGGCUGCUACCAAGAGGCAGAAGUAUGAGAGGAUCAGUGAGAAGAAGAUGUCCACUCCCAUCGAGGUGUUGUGUAAAGGCUACCCUUCUGAAUUCGCCACGUACCUAAAUUUCUGCCGUUCCUUGCGUUUUGACGAUAAGCCUGACUACUCAUACCUGAGACAGCUCUUCAGGAACUUGUUCCAUCGCCAGGGUUUCUCCUAUGACUACGUGUUUGAUUGGAACAUGCUCAAAUUUGGAGCCAGCCGGGCAGCUGACGAUGCUGAGCGGGAACGCCGGGACCGAGAGGAGCGAUUGAGACACUCCCGAAAUCCAGCCACCCGCGGCCUCCCUUCCACGGCCUCGGGCCGGCUGAGGGGGACACAGGAGGUGGCUCCUCCCACCCCCCUCACCCCUACCUCACACACUGCAAACACCUCUCCUAGGCCCGUGUCCGGCAUGGAAAGAGAGCGGAAAGUGAGUAUGCGGCUGCACCGCGGUGCCCCGGUCAACAUCUCCUCAUCCGACCUCACGGGCCGGCAAGAUACCUCCCGCAUGUCCACCUCACAGAAUAGCAUUCCUUUUGAACAUCACGGCAAGUAGCUGCACGUCUCCCCGUCGGAAGGCAGCACUGGAUUCCCGGUCGGGUGGCGUCCAGUGGUCUGCAGUCUGUCGUGCACCGAUGAGAACUCUCCUUUUUGCUGAGGGCAGACAAUGCAUGGCUGAUCUACUCUGUUACUAGUGACACGCCCCCGGUCUAGAACCGAAAUGUUAACACCGGGAGCUCUCCAGGCCACCCACCCAGCGACGCCCAUGGGGGAAACAAAACACAAACCCAACUGGACAGACUCCAAGCGCUGCCAUCGCCAGGGGCUGCACUGAGCCCCCAUGAACUCGGUUCUAGCGGGGCUGGGAAGAAAGCAGUGAGACGGUUGCAGAGAGAAUCAAACUCCCAUCCAAGAGCCUUUCAGUCCCCUCCGUGGUGGCGCACCCGUGUCCCUGCCGAGUCUACUGUAACUACCGAUCUUCUACUUGGUUAAGACAGUUUUGUAUCAUUUUGCUAAAAAUUAUUGGCUUAAAUCUGUGUAAAGAAAUCUGUCUUUUUAUUGUUUCUUUCAUGUCUGUUUUUGCGGUCUUAAAGAUGCUGACUUAAAGAAUUCUGAAGCAGGUCCUGGUGUGGAGUUUGUGUAGGAGUGAGGCAGGGAGCAGAGCACACGUGGGUUUCUGUGGUCUGCGUCUCGUGGUUUGUUAUGUGGUCCACUGUGGAGAAGGGAUUUUCUCAUCAGAAGUUCUAUCACGUAUAUACGCGUGUGUAAGUAACGUGUGUGUCCGUGUGCCGUGUGUCUCGUGACUUCAUUAAUCUAGUUUUGGCUGUCACGCUCCCUUCCCCACUAUAAACUGAAAUGCCCGCUCACUGCAGACCCGCUGGGAUUCUUGAAUCAUCAGGGCAGUUAGAAAGCGCUGGCCACAUGCCCAGGCGCACCGGGUGCUUCCCGACAGAGCAGCCCAUGGAUCUGACCUUCCCAGACGCAACAAGAAGGAAGCUGAGCCUGAAGACUGCAGAAGCCAUGGCUUCGCGUCGUGUUGCCGACCUCUCAGGAGAGGAUUUCAAACAGAGACUUGGGCCCCUCCGUGGAGUCAUAUUUGGUUAUGUUGGUGGUGGUUGCCUCAGUGCUUUUGAACUUGGGAGAUUUUCUAAAUAGGCUGUCAAUACUACCAGUGCAAGUUGGCCCCCAGUCUGUGUUAACAUCUCUGCUCAAAACCAAGGGCCGUGGUGUCCGCCCUGUGUGCCAGCAUUGCCCAGAAAGGCCAGCAGGCCUAAGGGAAUCCACUCUGAAGUGCCAAGAAACAGGUGACUCUGACGACCUGAUGUCCAGGAGAGUGAAAGAUAACAUGCUUUUGUGACCUUCCCUGGGAUGUAGUGACCCCACAGAGUCCAAGAAGCAGAGCAGGGCCAAGUCUCCCCAGAAAGACCCUCCGGGGCAGCCGGGCUCCAGGUGGGUUCCUGAGACACUCUCCUCGCUUUGCAGUAGCAGUAACAGAGGCACCAGGUGGUAGUGGCGGCCAGUAGACAGGAGCCUCCGUCUCUGGAAAUGAGGUGCAAUAUAUGUGUUCAUAGGUACUUUCACAUUUCUUCCCAUCAUUGCCCUGCAGUGUGUUCUGUUUAGAAACAGGCACUGGUAGGAAGCUAGGGACCUGAAAGGUGUCCAUGUCUGUGUUUUCCCUUCCUGCCCCCAAAGUCCCAGCACAGGGACACUGGUCCUAGGAUGCCCUGACUGCUGUGUUGAUGGCACAGAAUGCAGCUGGUUGCUUCUUUCUGAAUCCUGAGCUGGCUACUCUGUAAGUGUUUCGGGGUGUGGACACUUGGCCAGGUGGGACUGUGUUUCUGGGAGCAUAGGGGGAACUUGGGUUGGUUGGAGUGAGUUGGGGGCUUUCAUCGUGUCCCAGUGGCUUCCUCAGAGGUGGACCUCCCCCUCCUGGAGAGCUGUUAGCAGCUGCGGCCCUGAUGUUCUGCAUCCAGGUUUUCACCUGGAUUGCCAGAUGGCAUUUUAGAAGUGGACUCCAACCCUGAGUCCUCAGCAGUGUGGUUGUGGACAGUUGUGUCCCCGCCCCCGUCCCCCCAUAUUUAACUCCCCAUCCUGACUUGCAGGAAACAUAGUUGGAAUGUCUGUAUCAACCUGUGUAUCAGUGGCCAGUCUCUGAACUGCGCUUUUGUAUGACCACUGUAUUUGUGUCCUUAACCACCAUGUAAAUAAUAAAUUCAUGACGACUUCUGCCUUUCUU